UCUUCUUUUUGGGAACUGGUCUCGACAUCAUGGUUAUAGGAGAUGAUCAUGAAGGCCUAUAUGAUCUUGAUCAUCAACGCUUAUAUGGUGUUGAUCAUCAAAGCUCUGAAUCUCAUCAAAGCUCUGAAUCUAUGAACACAGAAAGCGAUGAUGUGAACGCCCAGCUAAAAAGCCGGAGAAUGAGUUCAGAAUCUGAAGAAGAUGGUCUGUCAAAAAAGUUCCGAACAUUCCCAGAAUUCAACUCUAACCCAGAGGUUCAGGAUACAGAACUUAUUGGUCUAACACUAAGCAAGACACCAUCUUUCGUGAACUUAUUAGAAUCAAAACUUUCACAGGUGAAAAUGAAGAACAACGGCUCUACACGCCGGGUAGGAAGGCCAUCAAAGUCUUCCCGCAACAUGGAAGAUUUUGCUAUUGUUUCAGAAAGAUUGAAGGCUGCCAACUUUCCUGCUAUAAAACUCAGUAUUGGUGUUUGGGAGAGAGUUUCGAAGCAUGAAGGUGAUCUGAUAGCGAAAUGCUAUUAUGCAAAGCGAAAAUUAGUUUGGGAACUUCUUGAUGGGCCUCUUAAGAGCAAAAUUGAAAUUCAAUGGUCAGAUAUCAUUGCUAUUAGAGCCAUCAUGCCACCAGGUGAACAACCAGGAGUUCUUGAGCUUGAGUUGAAAGAACCACCUACGUUUCAUCGUGAAACAAAUCCUCAACCUCGAAAGCACACAUUGUGGCAGCAGACAUCUGAUUUUACUGGAGGUCAAGCUCCUAUUCACAGGUGA